AUGGAAUCCGAAGGAACAUCGUCAUCAUCAGCCCGAUCAGGCAUUUCACUGAACACUUGCUCGGCACCGACGCAUCAUUUCGUGCUGGUCCACGGAGUCGGGCACGGGAGCUGGUGCUGGUACAAAAUCCGGACCCUGCUGGAGUCCUCGGGAAACUGCAGGGUGUCGUGCGUCGACCGAACCGAACAAGAUCGCCAACGGCGCCGCCUCGGCAACCGCCCGUUGCAAACCCUAAAUCCCCAAAUCAUCGACACGAAUCACGAGGAAACCCUAAUCGUAUGCGCCCAAUUCCGCCUCCACGGGCUGAGCCACAACAAUCCCGACGAGAGAACAGAGUUUCUGAAGACCCUGAGGCGAUUGGAGCCCAAGGGAGUGGUUCUGAGCGACAACAACAUGGAUUGCAGCUGCAACGGGUGUGUGGAUUUCUCGACGGGGUUUUCGCGAAGGGUGGAGUACCUGUGGCGGUUUCUGGACUCAACGAGCUCGGGGUUCAAAGGGAGGGAGAGCGAGGAGGAUGAUGGAAGGGGAAGCGGCGAGGGCACUUGUGAGAGGCGGAGGUGGGGAGAUGAAGAACGAGAGGAAAGAGAAGUGGUGCGAGAGGAUGAGAAGGGUAAGUCAAAGGUGGGUAGAUCAGUUGGUGGGUCGGGUCGGGUCUGUUUUAGUUAG